UUUGAUAUACCAAUUGUGGAACACUGGCUGGAAAUGCCCAAAUGAGGCCAACGACGGGGGUCGAUCCCAAGCCGACCACGCAUCAAGCGAGCGCUUUACCACUUGGCUACAUCCCGCCCACAUAUAAUAGCUACUAGUAAUGUGAUGUAGUGUUGUUGGCAACACUCGCUUUUCUUUCCAUUCAUAUAGUAAUUUCGUGCAGCAAAUUUGCCAUUUGUUUCAAUCAAUAGUUGCGUGACCUGGAGGUGUUUUUUUUAAUUCAAAGGAAUUAUUCUUUUAUUCUUGGUCUAUACACAUGUCAUUAUAUUUGACACACCAGAGACAAUCUGUCCCAAGCCUCUAUUGUUUCCCACCUGGUACGUUCAUUCAGAAACUAAUGCUCUCUCUCUCUCUCUCUCUCUCUCUCUCUCUCUCUCUCUCUCUCUCUCUCUCUCUCUCUCUCUCUCUCUCUCUCUCUCUCUCUCUCUCUCUCUCUCUCUCUCUCUCUCCAUCGAUUUUUUUUUCACACCGCCGCAAAAAUCGAAGAUGUUUUGCAUGUCAUUGAUAGCAUUUGACUUGACACUAAAUCCUUGCAAUUCCGUGUCUCUGGACUAUAUCAAUAAUCUAUAUAACGGGGUUCUUGUCCCGACGCCUCAGAGCAGCUUUGGCCAAAUUCUUCGAAAUUGUUGUCCUUCCGACACUUAUGAACGAAUUACGUUAAUUUGCGCGUGCGCAGUGUCAGUAUGUUCUUGCGGCAAGUGCCUUUGGUGCGCCUCUCUUGAGGAGGUGGUCAGUUCUGUUUGGAAAGUCAGAGCGGGUUGUCCGUGAAACCAUGGCAGAAAGUGCCGACAGCGAUCCUCCGAAAUGGAGUCUUGUUCAGUUCGCCUUGUUGUGUUUCUAUUCUGUCGGAUUCAGUGGCAUGACGGGAUUUCCAUUCUACAUACACAACCACACAGGGAUGUUCUUGGUGGCGUUUUACCUGCUCCUGGUUCUCAUUUGCAUUCCUGUCUGUUAUGUGCAGAUUAAACUUGGAAGUCUGUACCAGCGAGGUUUGCUGGGAAUAUUCAGUCACCUGGUUCCAAUCCUGAAAGGUGUCGCUGUGGCGCUUCUCUUGAUGACGUUCUUCCGGUGCCUGACACAUGGACUGGAACUAAGUUAUGGGCUUUACUUCAUGUUUGCGUCACUGCGGCAACCGUUUCCAUGGAGUGAUGGCCACAUGAAUAUAACCAUCAGAGAACCACACACGAUCUACGCCUUGACGAACUCGGAAGACAACUUUUUUGUGAAGAGUUUUCUGCAACGUAGCGACUACAUCGGAACGAGCACGACGUUGGUGUGGUAUAUCCUACUGUGUCUGUUGGCCACGUGGACGUGUCUGUACUUCAUGGUGGCGUGGGGAGCAGCCACGUUCGGCAAGAUUCUCUACAUCUUCACGCCUGUGACAUUCCUGACUCUGACGACUGUUCUAAUCUACGGCUACGUCAAUGUACCUGGAGCGUGUGACAACCUCUUCUCCUUGUUCUCUCAGCCCAGCGCGUACUCGACCGGAAGUCAGUCCAUUGGGGUCAUUUCAGACCAGCUAGGGGAUCCCAAGGUGUGGAUCGACUCCCUGGAUCUGCAUUUGUUUAGUCUUGGACUGUGGUCUGGAAUUCUUCCCACAUUAGGAACACAUUUGAGAAACAAAAAAAUGGUCAUGAAUCUUUCGUGGGUGAUACUUCUGGUGAUGCACGGUAUGUUGCCUCAUCUGAUCUUGGUGGCGCUUGCUCCAUACCUGGGAGAAAACAAAAACGAAGGCUGGCUCGCCAACGUAAAAGGAGUAAAACCAGGACUGUCUUUCUUGUUCGUCACAAUUCCUUACAGUUUUGAAGUACAAAAAUUGUCUCCCUUCAUUUCUUUCUGCAUUUACUUGAUGUAUUUUCUGCUUGGACUUCAGCAUCUUUCACUUCACAUGCUAAUGAUUUGGGAGAACAUUUUACCAUCAGUACCAAAGCGAGUAAUGAUAUUUUUCAAGCGGCCAUCUUUGAUGUUUGCUCCAGUCUGUUUCUGUUGUUUCUUGCUGAGUUUUCCAUAUGCGUCUCAGUGUGGGAUCUACCUGUACAUGAUUCUGAGGUUUUACAUUGACCGACUUCUGUUCGCACUAGUUAUCUUCAGUAUGGUUCCUUUUAUCAUAGGUUAUGUUCGCCAGGAGACGCUCCGAAUGCCAAUUGAACGUCUGUCGAUGAGUCUCUGGUACGGACUGGCCUCGCUCAUUUCAGCAUGUAUGCUCAUCUACUACUUCGUGAUGUACGUCUACCAGGAAGCUGUGGUAGGCUAUGAUCAGCGCUGGGCGGAAUACAUUGGUUGGCUGGCGUCCAUAGCUCCGUUCAUCCUGGGCGUUAUUCUGGGUGCGGUUCAUGCCAUCUGGAAGGCAGAAGGAACGUUACAAGAGCGGAUUCUUCAGUGUCUGAAAGCUGGACAGUUGCCCGAACCGGCGGGAAGCGAAGAAUACACGUCUGCUGAAACCGGUGAUACCAUGAUCAACCAAGUGAAGACGCCUCUACAGGGACCAGAGGUCCAGCCACUAACACCUGAUGUUGAAGUGUCGAUUAAACCUCCAGAGAACGGGGAGGUGGCAAGACUGUGAGAGGCAUACCGAUACAGAAAGAACGUGUAUGAUGAGAUAUUAAGACAUUCUUACGGCAUAUGUUUGAUAAGACGUUAAGGCAUCAUUAAGGCUGGUGUAUGACGCUACAUUAAGAUAUAUCCAAGCUCGACUUGAUUUGUUAAGACACCAUUAAUGCAUGUGUAUGACAUGUUAUUAUACCAUCAUGCGGACAUACAUUUAGCUUACUAUUAAAAAAACAAUUAUAAUAUGUAUGUAGCAUUCAAAAGGUAAUACUUUGACAAAAUGAGACUCGCUAAUUCCAGAUAAGGACAUUGUGUCAGACUCUUAAAUUACAGUGUCAGAAAUAAUGGCUCACCUGUUCUGCGUUUUAUGUAAACAGAUCCUCAUUAAGUUGCACCUAAAAUUAACAAGCCACUGUCUUUCUUACUGGUGCCUGGACAGGAAAUGAUGAGAUAGUCAGAUGACAUAUCAAGUCCCUUUAGUGACGUCUCAGUAGAUUAAAUCGAGACAAAGUAAUGCCAUUGCUUCCAGGGAUGGUGUCACCAGCCCUUAUAUAGCACACAAGUAAUAUUAUAUACUCACAUAAUGUGAAUGGAUUCUGAUCAAAGAAUGGCUUGCGAUGAAAUGGUAUCGCUACAAAUCUCGGACUGCAAAGACUGCCACACGUAAUUACACACCGAAGUUUGCAUACCACGUAUAAAACAUGGAUUGUCAUGCUUAUAGACCACCGUUUGUCAUGCUUCGUUACCAGUCACUGCUGUUUGACGUUGACUUGUUUAGGGGGUGAGACGUAACCCAGUGGAAAAGCGCUCGCUUGAUGCGCAGUCGGUUUGGGAUCGGUCCCUGUCGGUGGGCCCGUUGGACUAUUUUUCGCUCCAGCCAGAGCACCACGACUGGUAC